CUUUCAGGUUAAGACGCGUGACGUCGAGGCUAUCGGUUACGCAGGGCGUGCUGCUACCACGAAUGCGACAGAUCAGCUCGGACCAUAUAUCGUGCAAUCUGUUCUUCUGCUAGACCCACCCUCACUCUUCGCCGGAUCUAUCUACAUGACCCUUGGACGCCUCAUCCGAGGCCUCGGAACUACGGCAAUCGCUUGCUCAAUUGUCAGGGUCACAAUCAUGACAAAGCUUUUCGACUCGGGCGAUGUUGUGUCAUUCCUCGUCCAGGCUACGGGUGCCGGCAUGACCGCCUCAGGAGGCUGCUCGAUGGCUGAUCCAGGGCGGUGGGUUGUGAUUGCGAGAUUGGUUAUUUAAAUCGUCUUUUUCAGUGCCCCUGAAGGGGACCUGAGUCGCCUACGGCCAAUGGACGGACGAUACACACACACAUACACACUCACUCAAUUUUAGAUCAGUUGUCAACGUUGAAGCCAUCGAGAAGGAUUGACUCCAUCAACAUAGAGAUCAAGUUGAAUUGAUUGAAUUGAUGCUUGA